ACAAAGAAACUGAAAGGGACGCAAGCAACAAAGCGUUGCUGCGUUUGGUAACGUUUUUUCUUGCUUUGACCAGAAGCAGACAGUAGACGGUUACACAGACGCAUGGCGCCAACUUAUUGAUUCGCGCCCCCAUUCCAACUUUCCCUUUGGCACAAGCCGAAAGGAUGCUGCGAGCGAACGAGAGGGCAACACAGGACGCACAACAAAGGCGCAGGGCUCAGUGCGCGUCUGGCUGUGCGAAAGUUCGGUUGAGUUUUCAUUAUCCUUGUCGUGCGUUGUGUCUGUUCCUUGUUCCGUGUAAUGUGUGCAGUGCAUUCGGGCCUUUGUUAGCCAUGCCCACCACUUGUGUUUUUCAGCUGGAUCGCCUGAAUCCCGUCUACAACAGCGGCGAAUACAUCAGCGGACGCAUUCUGCUACGCACGGACAAGGUGAAGCGCGUGAAUGCUGUCUACGUUACCCUCGAGGGCGAGGCCAAGGUGCAGUGGUCCAUGAGCGGCAAAAGUGAGACAUCCAACUAUUCGGGCCACCAGCAGUAUCUGCACACACGCACCAACGUCUUCGACAACUCGCUGUUCCGGGCCGGAGUGCAUGUCUAUGUGCUCACAUUGCGCAUACCACCCGAUUGCCCGAGCAGCUGCAAGGGCCCCUAUGGCUACAUAGCCUACAAUAUAUCGCUGACCAUCGACAAGCCCUGGGGCUUCGACGAGGUCUUCCGCAAGCCCAUCAUGGUGGUCCAAACAUUGGAUCUCAACUAUAACUCGGAGUUUGCGGUACUGCCGCCUUCGUUUAGCUUCGCUACUCUGGCUGGCAGCCAGCAGACGUUGGAGAGCCAACCGCGCAUACAUCUGCCCAAAUUUCCGGGCUUUAGCACGCUGCUGGGCACAGCGCCGGCGCAUGAACAGAUCCUGGAGGACUCCGGUCUGGACAUGCAUUACUAUCGCUCCUAUGGCUCGCUCGACACGGAUCACACGGGCCGCAGCCUAGAUACCUUCGGCUCGCUGUGCGGCCCGCUGUCCGAGCAGGGCGAAGCUGAGCAGCAGGAGCAGGAGCAACGACUGGAUGCCACGGCCCAGGUGCAUCAGGCCGAGCAUCAAUUUUAAAUGCAAGUGUCUUAAAGCCCAUUGGGGGCAUAAUACGUAAGAUUGUACUAGACAUAAGUGUUUAGAGCUAAGUAAUCUAAUUAUAUUUGCGAGUGUAUCAUAAUCCGUCUUAUUGGAAGCUCUCAUAGCUCAUAUAUUA